AUGGCCGACCCAGCUCCUCAGAAGGCGCUCAUUGUCGGCAUCUCCGGCCCCUCGUCUAGCGGUAAAACCACCCUUGCCCGCCUCCUACAGCGCAUCUUCAGCGGCGUCCGCCUCGAUGCGGCCACGGCCACAAUCUCUACGAAAAACCCAAACACCAAGCCCGAAACCCUGAAUACCUUUAUCAUCCACGAAGAUGACUUCUACUACCCGGAUGACCAAAUCCCCUGGACAACCACACCCUCCGGCAAAACAGUACAAGACUGGGAUACCGCCGCCGCCAUAGACACAGGCUUUCUAGCGCAAGCACUUAGCUACGUGCGCGCGCACGGCCGCCUGCCGCCGCGCCUGCAAAGCAAAGAAGACCAGAACGAAGACAGCGGGUCCGGCGUGGCGGACGCCGUGGUACAGGAGCUCCGUGCGCAGGUCGCGGCGCAGCUGGCAGGCGCGCAGGGGAGGCCCGACACACUCGCUUUCAUGGAGGGCUUUUUGCUCUACGGACCGCAGGAGGGUGGGAACAGCGAUGGCGAGGCGCUGCGGAGAGUGCAGGGGCAGAUUGGGCUACCGCUGUUCUUGCCGGCGGGGUAUAGCACGGUCAAGGCGCGGAGGGAAGGGCGCAGCGGGUAUGUGACUAUUGGGCCGGCGCCGGGGCCUGAAGCUGGGGUAGACGUGGAGGGGGGAAGGCCGCACGGAGAAAAUGACAGGGAGAUAGACUUGGAGGGAGAAGAUGAUCGGCCGCCGCAGAAUUUCUGGACAGAUCCACCGGGAUAUGUGGAUGAUAUUGUGUGGCCGCGGUAUGUGCGGGACCAUGCGUGGUUGCUUGUGGCGGACGAGGGGAAGGAAGGAGAUCUGGUGGCGCGGGUUGGGGAAGGCCUGGAGGUGAGGGCGGAUGCUGGGGUGAAGGUUGCGCCGGGCAAAGGGGCGGCUGGGAUGGAAUUUGUGUUGAAAUGGGCUGUCGAGGAGGUGUUGAGGUUUUAUCUAGAGGCGAGGUAG